UUAUUCGAUCAUUGCCGUCAAGUAUCUGUGAAAUACGUGCGAAUAUAAGCAUUCUUGUUCUAAGGCAAACGGAAAAAUGAACGACACUGUCGAAAAUUCAGGCACGGCAAGCGGAAGUCACGUAUAUGACGAUUUAUAUUCCAAUUAUUAUGACGAGGACCAGGGUACUGGCAAUAUUGAUAAUAACUUUACUGAUGGACUUACCGGUACUACACCCGUGUCCCCCGAUGACGAUUAUUUCUAUGACGGAUAUUAUUAUUACGGAUAUGGCUACGACGGGAUGAAGCAUUCCAAUAUACACUAUUACAUGGGGUUCGAUUUUGAGCGACCUGUCUUUCUGUAUAUCUGGGUAGUUCUUAUCAUUGUGACAACUCUGGCCAACAUUCUGGUGAUGGUUGUCCUUCGGCGGAGGAACAUGCGCAAUGCGACAAAUACAAUUCUUAUAGCUCUCGCUAUCUCGGACUCGCUCACUGGUUUAGUUACACUUCCGGUGACAAUCCAUGCGUACCAGCACUACAAGGAAGGGGAUUUGGCAUUAUCUAAACACUGGUGUGAGGCAUUUCUUCUUACCAGAUAUUUCAUAAACCGCGGGUUCCAUACGAUGUCAAUAUGGCUGACAGUAGUUCUUGGAUUCCAGAGGUUAAUUUCAGUCUCGUUUCCAUUUCGCGCGCAAAGGAUAUUCACAAUUCGGAACACGUUGUUCAUUAUCCUUGCUGUGGUGUUUCUUUCGCCAUUUGUACACAUCUAUCAUGCUUUUGAUAAAAAGGCAAUUGAAGCAGAAGAUGGGAACUACUGUGCUUGGAAAGUUGAAGAUCCAUGUAAAGAAUCAUGCGCCUACUUUUGGCUGACAAUUAUUUUGAUGCAUUUUCUUCCUUGUUUAUUGCUCAUAAUUUUCACUGUUGCUAUGGUAAUGAUGAUGCAUGACGCUACGAAGAAAAUGAGGGAUUCGCAAAUGAUUUCAAAUAAAGCAAACCUUCUAAGGCGCAACCAGGAAAGCAAAAGAAUUUCAUGCAUUGUAAUUGCUGUUGUCAUAGUGUUCCUUAUCCCGGAAAUACCCUACGGAAUAUUUCUUUUGGUCCAAGUCAGCCUUACCCAUUCAAAACAGAAUAUAUUAGAAUUAAAGACAAGCCGUGCUAUAAUUUGUGCGUAUGAAAUUCUUCUUGUUCUAAGCUUCCAUGCAAAUUUCUGGAUUUAUUUGAUAAAGAACAGAAAAUUCCGGAGAGGGCUACAGCGCACAUUCGCUCCUGUACAACUUUUACUAUUUGAUCUGCUUCGGAAAUUUGGGGUUCAGGGACAGCUAGGUGUCUCGGAGAUGUAGUGAGUGACACAACCAGUCUCGCACGUACCCCUUCAGAUGCUCAUUCCAUUCCUACACAGUCUUUUCAAACCCGGCUGUCUAUAUCGAAUUCGGCUAAUACGAACACUUUGGAAAUGAAGACGUAUCACUUUAAUCCAGACAAGCGGGCAAGCGCUGUUCAACUUUAAAACUUGAACGGAAAGAUAUAUUUCGUGUUCUUAUGCGUGUACUUAUGUAUAUAUUAUUAUAAAGCAGAAAUGCGUCUGUUCUAUUAAAUGCACGUAUUUGUUUAUAAAUAUGCACAUAAAGAGUUAUAUUACUUAAGUAUUGUUUUCCACUCACUCCCGUGAAAUAUGUGCCUAAGUAUGAAAAGGGACAUUCAGUCAUCUUUUCUGGUUCCCUGCUAUUCAGCUUUAUGUAAAUAGAAUAUAUAAAUAACUUAGCUUGUGGCACAGAUGAUAGAAAACGAUCCAAAGUGCAAUAUAAUGUACUGAAAACUCGCAAUAUCGAAACAAAAUAAAUACAGUGUAACCUGUACACAGCAAACAUUAACGAGACAAAUAGUUUGGUUGUUGCUGGGAUAUUUUGUUCUAGGUAAUGAUGUUAAAUGCAUUGUGAAGUCAUAGUUUCGGAAAAAUUAAUACUCUAAUUAUACAGAGACUAUUGCUCUACAGUGGGUCGAUCUGAAUACACUGUAUAUAACGUUCCGUAUAUAUUAUUAGUUAUAAAGAUUUUUGACAGGUUAUAUGGCCCUAUAUAAACGGUUGUUUGGAAAUAUAACCCGAGCCGUUAGGCGAGGGUUAUAUUGCAAACAACCGUUUAUAUACGGCCAUAUAACCUGUCAGAAAUAUUUAUAACGAAUUUACAAUACAGCAAUCAUCAUUUUUAGAGCAAAAAAGUAAGAUUUCUCUAUAAAUCGACAGCAGCCGUCACGAUUAUCCAAUGAAAAGCGACGUUACAAACGUGCAGUAUUAUAAAAACUCCUUAUUUGAAAAGCGGCGAUACAUGAUACAGAAAAGUGAAGAGCUAUUUCGAAGUUUCACAUCUGCAAUGAAUGUUCAAAUUUAAAGCAGUCGCAAAUAAGGGAUAAAGCCGCAAAAAUCCGACUAACGCCAACAGGGGUGUUUAAAUAUUUAUCGGAAGACUGUGCUAUGUACAGUGAAUGAAUGCAUAAAAAGAAUGAAUGGACAAACGAACGACGAACAAAUAAAUGAAGGUGACAAAUUGAACAUCUCAAUGAUUUAUAUUUUGUGAUUUUGUUCUUGGAGUGACAAGAACCGUGCCGACAAUUUUGUAAAUUAUUGGUAUGUUUCAAGUUGAUAACUGUAUAAUAUUAUGGCAUGUAUAAUAUUUAUAUCAAAUUGAUAUUUGUUAUGUUUGAAACUUUAAUACAACGACAGUUAAAGGAACUCCAUUAAGUCAAAAAGUCUUAGAACAUAAAAUUUGAAAUUCUUACAUAGAUCAGGUGAAGCACUUGAAAUAAAAAAUCAGCGAAAAUAAUUAAGAAAUAUACUAUGAAUUAAAUUGAAUAUCGAUUUUCUUAGUGAUUUCUCACUUGACGUGGGUGAAAAGCGUUGCAGCGUUUUUAAUUUUUGAGUCAUCUUCACACUCACAUGAAAAUAAUUCUGGAAAAACAGAAUGAUGGAAAAAUCUGAAACUUUGCACACAAGUUAUGGGAUACGGACAAAAAAGCCCCC